CAAGCAGGGGUGACGGAAGCAGCUGAGAAGACCAAGGAGGGUGUCAUGUAUGUGGGAGCCAAGACCAAGGAGGGUGUUGUGCAGAGCGUGACCUCAGUGGCUGAGAAGACCAAGGAGCAGGCCAAUGCUGUGAGUGAAGCGGUGGUCAGCAGCGUCAACACCGUGGCCACCAAGACCGUGGAGGAGGCGGAGAACAUCGCGGUCACCUCGGGAGUGGUGCGCAAGGUGAGGCCUGGCCCCGCUCUGGUCCUCUCCUCUGGGCCCCAGAGAGGCCAGCUGGGGAGAGACAUGAUCACCCAUGACAUUCAGGGAACCAGAGGCCUAGGGCAAGGGUGUCUGCACAGACUCAUGGGAAUCCUCACACCACCCCUGUGAGGGGGCAGUGGAGGCCCAAAGGGAAAUCGAGUCUCAAAGCCACGCCCUCUGAGUGGUGCCGGCCUUCAGGGUGAACCACGUUUGACCAGUGACCGCAGGGCCUGUGGCCCCGGGUGGUGAUAGGCAGCCAGUGGCCAGGCUCUCC